UAGGACACGACCUUUAUAUUAUAAUGCAUUUGUGCAUUCGUCCCUCAAGGACAGGCGCUCGAUAACUACAGAUAAAGCUGGGCUGUGUUUGUUUAAACCUUGCUGAAAUACGAUCGUAUGUUGUCGGUGCAUUACAAACAAAUGGCAAAAGAAUUGUACCGUUCUCCGGCGAUAAAGCUGCCAACACUGGAUGAAUUCAGCCAGAUUUCCAGAGAGCUGAAUCUAGGAUGUACGAACGAGGAAUUGGAAGCAUUUAUAGAUGAUUUCUCGGAUACGGCAUCAGUAAUGCAGCGAGUCAGCGAGCUGGUCGAACCACAACUUCCGGUCAAAUGUACGCGAACACCCGGUUAUCGUCCCGAGCCCAAGGAUAACCCUUACAAUGCAUGGUAUUGGCGCUGUGAUAUCCAGUCUGGGAAGAAAGGAAAGCUGGCGGGAAAGACCGUGGGAAUCAAAGACAACAUUGCAGUGGCCGGUGUGCCCAUGAUGAAUGGCAGUAAACUUCUGGAGGGAUACACACCAGAAUUUGAUGCUACGGUUGUCACGAGGAUUUUAGACGAAGGCGGACACAUUGUUGGUAAAACGGCCUGUGAAGAUUUCUGCUGUGAUGGGGGUAGUUUCACUUGCUCCACGGGCCCCAUAAGAAACCCGCAUGAUGAAAGUAGGUCAGCUGGUGGAUCCAGUUCGGGAAGUGCUGCCCUGGUGUCAGCUAACUUGAUUGACGUCGCUGUGGGCGGGGACCAGGGAGGCUCCAUACGGACCCCAGCCAGCUACUGCGGCAUUGUGGGUCUAAAACCGACGUACGGACUUGUGCCGUACACGGGGGCUUGUUCGAUCGACCCAACAAUUGAUCAUCUUGGACCUAUGGCAAGGACUGUUCAUGACUGCGCUCUUUUGCUGGAGGUUUUGGCGGGUUAUGACGAAGGGAGAGAUUCACGACAACCACGUGACUUGAAGAUUCCUGAAUACACUAGUCUGUUAGAGUCUGGCAUUUCUGGAAAACGUUUAGGUUUGCUAAAAGAAGGGUUUGAUCUAUGUUCUGACCAAGACGUCGCCAAUCUGGUCAUGACGUCAGCUAAGCAACUUUCCGACGUCAGCGCUGUCGUCGAAGAGAUUUCAGUCCCGCUUCAUUUGGAUGGCGAUCCAAUAAUGUGUGCUGUUGGCCUGCAAGGAAGUAGCAACUGUAUGCUGAAAGGAGCUGGCAGUGGCUUCUCCAAAGGAUUUUACGCCUCCUCCAUGCAAGAAGCUAUGACUCGAGGUCUGCAGGCCAGACCAUACGACAUGUCAUCGACGUGCAAAAUGAUGUACAUCGCAGGGGAAUACCUGAACCAGAAGUACGGAAACAAGUUCUACACGAAAGGACACAACCUGAACCUGGUCCUCACCAAGGCCUAUGACGAAGCCUUGAAGCAGUAUGACGUCCUGAUUCUACCAACCAUAACGUGCAAGCCUGAGAAGUUGCCGCUGGAAGGGUGUUCCACCACUGAGUUACUACAGCGUGGAAUGAAAAUGAUGUCCAACACGUCACCGUUUGACAUCACUGGUCACCCCGCGCUCUCCAUUAACGCCGGGUUUAUCGAUGGGUUACCCAUUGGCAUGAUGAUCGUAGGCCGCCAUUUUGAUGAGACCACCGUGCUUCAAGUGGCGAGAUCUUUCGAGAUAUUACGAGAUAAAAAUUAACCGCCACGUGCAGUGGUAGAUGGAUUAAAAAAAAGAAGAUGAAUAGUCAAAUUAGACAGUUUUUUUGUCCCAUAUAUUAUAUUUCCCCCAACCUAAUAAUUUAUUAUAGUUUAAUAAUAUACGAUAUCACAAAAAUGUAUGUGAAAAUACAAUUUAAUUUACAA